CACUUCCACUCUGUCAGAGGCUCUGCCAGCCGAAGACGAAAACAAAACUUUAGAAAAAGAAAAUAAUCACCGAAACCGACAAAUAGUUACUCAGCUAAAAGGCGUAAGGAGGCGCCGAACGUUCGGAACCGAUUGGACACGGGCUGGAAACGGGAAAUCGGAAAUAAGGGAGAUUUAAGAAAGCGAGUGAGAGGGCCUGUUAAAAUGUCCUCUGCUUCGCAGGCAUCCUCCAGGCGGCAAUGGUGCUACCUUUGCGAUUUGCCCAAGAUGCCGUGGGCCAUGAUCUGGGAUUUUAGCGAGGCCGUGUGCCGUGGCUGCGUUAAUUACGAAGGGGCUGACAGAAUUGAGUUCCUCAUCGAGACUGCCAGGCAGCUGAAGAGAACACAUGUCAUGCAGGACGGCAGGUCUCCUGGCCCCCAGCCAGGCAAGCAUGGCCCAGGUGGGAAAGACGGGUCAAUGGAGGGAGGGCGGCAGCCCCCAGAGCGCUUUGAGAGAGGAAGAGGGGAUUACGGGGCGCGCCUCCCCAACGGCAUCCCCAGACCGGAGGACGGGGGUCCCCCAGAAGUCAGCAGGCAGAGCCCCAAUGCCAGACGGGCGAUGGUAGGGGCCGUACCCCCAAACCUAAUGGCGCAGGGGUUAGUGGGGCCCCCCCACGGCCUGUUGGCCGCCGUUCCCGCCCUGAACUCCAGGGCGGCCGCCACGCCCCUGACCAUCUCCGCCCCCAUCCUGAACGAGCUCAGCAAGCGGCAGGCCAUGAGCAUGGGCAUGGGCAUGGCCUCCUUCAUGAGCCCCGACUUCGAGAGGGAGCUGAAGGAGAAGCAGCGGAACGCCGAGGCUCUGGCCGAGCUCUCGGAGAGCGUGCGCAACCGCGCCGAGGACUGGGCCGGCCGGCCCAAGGCGGUGCGCGACUCCCUGCUGGCGCUCUCCAGCUGCGCCCCCUUCAACGUCCGCUUCAAGAAGGACCACGCCCUGCUGGGGCGCGUCUUCGCCUUCGACGCCAAGCCCGGCCUGGAGUUCGAGCUGAAGGUCUUCGCCGAGUACCCGUGCGGCUCGGGGAACGUGUUCUCCGGCGUGCUGGGGCUGGUCAAGCAGAUGUUCCACGACUGCCAGAAGGACACGGGCAAGGCCAUCACCUCGGGCUUCAAGUACGUGGAGUACGAGAAGCGGCACGGCGCCGGGGACUGGAGGAUGCUCUCCGAGCUGCUGGGCGACGGGGUGCGCGCCUUCAAAGACGCGCCGGGGGCCGACGCCCUUCCCCAGCCCUACCUGGACGCCAGCUGCUCCAUGCUGCCCACCGCCCUCUGCAUGGGCCCCCUGCAGCGGGGCGUGGCCCCGCCCCGGAUGCGCCGGCGCAAGACAUCGCCCGAGCCGGAGAGCGCCGAGAAGCUGCUGGUGGAGGAGCAGCUGCGGCAGCACUGGCCCCCCGGGGCCUACCCCGGCAUGGUGGCCCACCUGGCCGCCCCGGCCCUGCCCGGCGCCGGGCCCCCGCCGCCCCUGCCCCUGCAGGAGGCCGCGGCUUCGCACGCCGACCCGUCGCCCAUCUCCGCGCUCAUGAGCGUCGCCGACAACCUGGGCGCGGCCGGCCAGUCGCCGAAGGACGCGCCCGGGGCCGCCCACUCCGCCGCCGGCCGGCAGAGCAGCGGCAGCCCCUCGGCCGGCUCCCCCGCCGGCCCGCGCCGGAUAGCCUCGCGCAACGGGGAGGCCCUGGCCCCCGCCGGCGCCAGUUCGGCGGCGGGCAGCGGUUCGGCGGUGGGGGAGACCCCCGGCGGGGCCCCGCUCUGCUGCACCAUCUGCCACGAGAGGCUGGAGGACACCCACUUCGUCCAGUGCCCCUCCGUGCCCGGCCACAAGUUCUGCUUCCCCUGCACGCGGGACUUCAUUCGCGGCCAGGGGCCCGGCAGCGAGGUGUACUGCCCCAGCGGGGAGAAGUGCCCCCUGGUGGGCUCCAGCAUGCCCUGGGCCUUCAUGCAGGGAGAGAUCUCCACCAUCCUGGCCGGGGACGUCAAGGUGAAGAAGGAGCGCGACCCCUAACCUGCGUCGGGGACCCCGGAGCACGACGCACCCCCUCGUUCCUCAACGAUGAGAAAGCACUGUUUGCGUGAGGUGAAUCUUGGAAGCUGUCCGCUUCUGCCUCUUCUGCAGAAAAUAGUGGGGGGAACCAUAGAUCACAAGAGCCAUAGAUCGGUGGGGCCACAAUAGCCAGCCCCCCUUCCCUCUCACCUUUUCUUCUUUUUUUUCUCUUUUUUUUUUUUUUUUAAAGUUCAUUUUUGAAUCCUACCCCUGACCCAACCCCCUCACAGGAAGAGCUCCUGCUUUCUGGUUCUUUGCAGAAUCACACCGAAUUAAUCUGCGAACGAACCUAACAGCCCUCUCUACAAACGGCGCGGACAGACUCCUCUCCAUGAACGGCACGGACAGACUCGGGGGCCGCAGGUGAUGUCUGUCUUUCAGCAGCAAGGGCUUUGUGGGAAUCUCAGAUUCCCACCCAUCUCCCGUGGUCCACAUCAUUUGUCCCUCUCACUAUAAAGCAGCAACAGAGGGACACCGCGCCAAUGGUCAGCAAAACGAGUGGACCUUUGAGUUCUGCAAGUACUUUAAAGAUUUCUUCACCUCACCUAGUAUCCCAAGCAUGUGUGAUAUAAAUCCCUCUUUAUAUUUUAUACCGUACAUACAUACAAAUGUAAUUAUUGUUUUUCUUUCAAGGGUUAUAGAUGUGCAAUCUCUAGUUUUGAUACAAUACUGCUUUAUGUACCACUAAGUAUAAAAGUGAAUAGUAAACCAAAGAUAGCUAUAUGCUGAAAUGGGCAAGAUAUGUAAUACAUAAUCUGUAUUUUUGUGGCAUUUGGCUUUUUAUGUCUUCAGGUAACAGGGAAGUAAUUGUGUUAAAUAUGGUGUAUGUCUGGAACUUGGGUUGAAAGCUUUCAGGGAAGACAUUUGUUCACAAAAGAAUGUAAGCAGCCAAGCAACUCAGUAUGUUUUUUGAUGUUACCCCUUGAGUUAAAUAAUUACCAUCGAAACAAAAUGUAGGCUACUUCAUUGUAAAAUAGUAGAAAAGAUGAUAGUGGACGGGCUGUAUGUUUCUGUACAUUUUAUCUGGGCAGACAUAACGUCAUCUGGGGCCAGCUGAACCUUUUUUUAAAAUAGAUUUGUUCUUGGGAGACUUGUAGAGGUCCAUUUUUACUUGUUCAUUAAACCCGGUAUAAAACGAUAUGAAUUCUACUUUUAACGUGACGGAUGUUUUGGACUAGCCUCUUCAUCUGUUCCUUUGUAACUUCGUUUACUGAAAUUGAAUAUGCACUACAAACACGCGUUGUUUAGUUUGGGGCAGUAGGCGUUGUUUCAGUACUGGUUACACGGAUAAGAAGAUUAGGCUGCUUCGGCGCGGCUCGGGGAACCUGUUGGAGGCAUCCGGGUUGCAACAGGAAGCGAAAAACUGGCCGGUUGGUGGGAGGCCGCAGUGCAGGAAACGGAUUAUGUUUCAGGUGCUCAGGUCCGUCGUUCAGGCGAGGCGGAAUUCGCCCGAGGGUGUCUGAGGUUCAAGAGCGCUUUCCUGUUUUCAGGAGCUGCGCAACAGCAGCAGACCGGGAACACAGGAGCGACGCGUACGCCUUUGUGGGAGAUUUUUAGUCUGCGAUUACUUGACGUUUCAUGUCGCUGCAUGCCCCGCUACUGAAACCAAAGACGAGCACAUAAUAGGUACUCCCUAUUGUCUGCUCAUGUGGUUGAAGCCGUGAAAGCACUUCCUCUGACCCGAAAAUGUCCCUCUGACUGAACAAUGAUGAUGUAUGAAAUCCACGGGCUGUUACCGUUCUGGUAUUCCUCAUAUAGUCCAUAUAAUUAUAUAAACAUAAAGAAUGGUGCUUGCGUUUGGCCUCAUUCUUUUGCCGACGGUUAUUAAAAAUAAAUAAUAUAAACAUCGUGCAGUGUGGUACGUGUACUGCCGAAAACUGUUCAUUUUAGAGUAAAUCCGCGUUGAGCUGGUCAGUGUGGCAUCAUCGCCACAAACGAAACGAGACGAGUAAAAGGAAUGGAAACUAGCCGUCCGGACACUGACAGACUAUAUAAUCUUGUGGCCCUUGUCUUCAGGCUUAAUGGUAGUUUGCUGUAGUAUGACUGAAAUUGUAAUAUAUUGCAGCUAUUUCAGUGUCUGCCAUUUCUAUAAGUGUGUCAGUUAAGAGUACUGUAGUUAAAAAAAACUGUACAGUAUAUUAUCAAAUACUGUUGCAUUAAAUAUUAUAUGAAGCCAUAUCAGUGAUAUAUUUAUUAUGCACCCUAUUCCAACAUAUUAAUUAUCGCCCAUAUUUUAACAGAAACCAGUUCUUUGGCUGAUUCUCUUUUGCAUUGGCAGUUUCAGUAGUCGGCAGUAUUUUGUAUGUCAAUGGCCAAUUUAACUUUUGUUUGGCAGCUGUCAUCAAAUGGAGGAUGUUUAAGAAAAUCCUCCAUUUCAAAAACUCCAUGUCAAAAGCUCAUGCUGUCAUCAUGUUGCAUAACGGAAUUGAACUUUUCCUAUGUGCGGUGUUAGCUUGGCGUCUGUUUCAGAGGAUUUUGCUGGGCGUGAAUAAAAUGCGUGUUCUUUGGUUUCACGGGGGGCGUGCUAUGCAGGCUGCCUGUUUCUCCGUGGCCUCUCUCUUUUCCCAGAAGGAGCAGCGACUGGAUACGGAAGAGUGACGUUUUCCUGAACUCCCCAAAACCAGUGGAGUUCUCGUGUGUCAUGUCAGUGGCUUGCUUAUCUGAACCAACAAUAGCAAUUUCCCGGUGAAGAGCCAAGUGGUUAAUACAAAGUCGGUGAUUGACAGCACCACUAAGAAUGUGAUUGGGUGACCCUACUGUCCCAUUAAUGCCAACAGCCUGAUAGAGGCCUGUACUACUCUUGGUCAAGGCUCACCAUUUUGUUUGGUUUGGUGUUCUACAAAGGCAUCUGUCUUCGUUUCAAUUCGAGCAAUUUGAGUCUAGGCUUAUAAAUUAGAAUUGUGUACCACUUGUAAUAGUCAAUGGGAAACCUGCAGAAGCCACCCUGUGAGGUAGGGCACGCACUUCACCAUUCUGACAGGCAGGAUGCAGCACCAAACCAGAGGUUUGAUUUCAGUCCUGCUUUGGUCUGCCCUGGACCACAUUGUCUUUAAAAAUGUAGUCCCACCAAACCCAUUCACCUCACUUUUAUUUAAAAUAAUCUUUUUUUUUUUUUUUAAAUGCUCAUGCAGUUUCUGCAUGUUUUUAUUUUCCAAUUCUGAAAUCACAUUAGUGAAAGUGCCUAGAUUGAUGUGUUUCCAUCAUAAACCGCAGCUCUGUGUAAUGUACGCUAAGGUAAAAAUGCUCUGGUCCAUUCCAGCUUCUCAGGAUGACAUUGAAUUCAGGGCUUGUCCGAGAUGACAUUAGUCGUGAAAUGUCGCUCGUUAAAACGAGUUCCAGUCCCUCAUCCGACAGCGGCCCGUUCCGUGGGUUUGACGUGACGUGCGACUGUCUUCACGGACGGGUCAACAGGCAGCAGCCAGCAAUCUCUUCUUUACUGUGACUAUGGCGGGCUCGCUGUUUCCCCCAGCCCACAGCUGUGUGCUCUCACCCCAAACCUCCCUUUACUCCUAAGCCCGAACGUUGAACGAUGCCUACAGAGCCAGCAUAUUUAUAGGACUGGGGACUGCAGUGGGAAUUUACGACCCUGAAAGGGGCCUUCAAUGUUCCCUUGUGUUUUAUAAAACAUUUGGGUAUUUUCUUCCCUGAGACCAAAGCUGUGGGCUCAGAAGUAUCCAUCUUCAGAAAUGGGUUGGAUACAGAAUGACGGCCUCUGAAGACAGAUUCUGUUUGUCUCAUGACCUGAGGCUGUGUCAGGGGUAUUAAAGUAAGGGUGCAAAAGUUUGUGUUCUCCCCUUUUGCAUGGAACCCAGAGUGGAGCUCCACCAAACACAGUGUCCGUUGUUGGGAAGUAACCAAACAAACCUGACGGUGAUUGCGGAGUACUUUUUGGCUAUAGUGUACUUUCAGAAAGGGAUUCCUUUAUCACUGAAGGGACUGUAGCCACAAAGUGUCCACCAAUUACCAAUGGCUUUACUCUUUGUUUUUACCAACACGUUCCUUGAUUGGUGGAGAGCUUCUCUCUGGUUUCUAAGAUCAGGUCUAUGCCCUCCCCCUUUGUUGUCCAUGGGUUAUGUACAAGGGGCCGUGUUGCUGUAAAGAUGCGGUUGUGUUGUUUUUCCUCAGAAUCGGGCCUUGAAUGCUUUUGACCGUAAUGUCUGAUUAAGGUUGGCAAAAGCCAGUACAUCUCAAAUGAGCAAAGUUCAUGUGAUUCUAAACAGCAGGUUGGACCAGUGCACUCUUAGUCCCUUAGCACAAACUGUUAGCCACAGCCUUUGCUACAUGUCCACGCUAGAGUUGAAUAUUUUUUCAGUGACAAAAAUCCCCUUCUCAGCUCCCGGAGGCCAAUUGCACUGAACACUCAGUUCAUCAAUUUCUUUCAUGGAGUGCCUUUUCAUGGUUUUUACUGUCUGAAAGCACUUUACAAAGAUCAAACCGAUGGCUGAAGUAUGUUUGUACAGUCUGGGCCUUCGUGGAGUUAGUGGAGCAGCGUCAUUGGCUGCAAGCGAGUGUUAUGCCACAUUUCACUUCUUUCUUUUCUUCCCCCUUUCUUUUUUUUACUGAGAUGUUUUUACCAAUGUUGAUGUCCUUGCCUUCUGUUCAGUCUUUUGCCCCUUCCGGAUUAUCUUUUAACAGUCCGAGGUUAAACUGUGUUCACUCUCUCUUCUUUUGUGUGUGUGUGUGUCCAGUGUGCAAAAUAAAACUGUUUCCUCCA